AUGGUUAUUGCUGUUGCAGCGAGUAUUUUUCCAGCGUCUCUUUUGUGGCUGUUGCGGCAGGUGCUGGACUUGGUGUCGUUACAGGCGAUGUUGCACGUUUUGUUAUUUUGUUUGUUAUGCGGCAAUGUGAGCACAUCCAUCAAGAUUCCACCGGGUAACAGUGGCAAUAGCACAGAACAACAACAACAACAACUACGAUAUAAAAGACAGCAGCAACAAAAUAAACAAAGGCUGUGCCUGCAAACUGGUCAGCAUUGUUCUACAAAUUUUUAUUUUGUUCUUUUCCAGCCCGCCGCCAUUGAAGAUCUCCGCAAGUGGACCUCCAGCGAAGCGUUGGGUGACAUGACGGUCACACCCGAUUGUAUGCAUCAUGUUGACACGUCCAUUAGCACCUCGAUGGUGAUCGGCGAUAAUGGGGUAUUGACGCCCGCCCUAUCUCCGUCCGUGUUGUCGGCCGAUGCGGUCGACGCACUCUACGCCAUAAAUGUCAGCCAAAUUGGCGACAAUACGCAACUGCCUAAUGAUAUAAAUAAAGAUGUGCCUUUGAAUCAUCGACUGCCUUCACCCGAGGAACAAUGUAAAAUAAUAGCUUUAAGGGCGACACCAAACAUUAUUUUUCUUUUUCCACACUUUUUUGGUUCGCUUUUCGUUCGUCGAUCGAAAAAAAAAUUAAUUUUCCAAUAUAGUGACUCGACAGCAACAAGCGGUGAGAUUAAAAACUCAUUAAAUGCCGCCGGAAAAAACGUCCCCAUAGGAGCCAACGUCAACGCCGACGCCACUGCAAUUGGUACUGAGGAGGAUGUGCGUCGUAGCGAUAAAUCGAAAAAGUUCGGGCGCAGCAAAUCGAGCGAUAUCUUAAAAAAAGAUGCUGUUGCCUUGCCCUACGAUAAGGGGAAGAGUACAUUGACACGCCUAAAUUCGCUUAAACAAUGGGGCAGAAAUCGCUUCAAAUUUAUGCAACGCGCAGAGACACCAGCCCAAUCGGCCAGCGAUAGUGGCGCCCACGAUGUGUCGGCGAGCAGCAGCAGCAGUAAUUCACAGCAACCGCCUGUCGCCCCCGAGAAAGUGGAGACGAGCGGUGGUAAUAAUGCCGCAGCCAGUCCAGCGAAGGCAAAUCAAUCAACGCGCACCGCCACGGGCGACAUUGAUGAUGAAUGCGUUGUGCAUGAACUGGUGAGCCAGAAGAACGAAGGUCGGUUUUCGCAUGAACGAAAACCGUCAUAUUCGUCGUCGGAGAAGAGCAUGAGUGUUAGCAGCAGUGGGCACCUCAAAGGUAAACUGCAUCUGGCCACCUGUGGUAACGUAAAGCUGCGUGAUACCUCAUCGUUGAAUCGUCAACGGCGACUUGGUAUCACCGGCAAUGGUGCGCUGGCCGGCAAAGAGGAACAACCGCAUUCAUCUAGUGGUAAUUGGAGCGCUAGCUCUGAAUCGGGUAGGGCAUCUAUAGGCAGCGAAAUUACUAUACAACCUAAGUCGAGCGCUUCAAAUACAUCGCUGAAUGUGUCAAGCUUCCAUCCGGGUAGCGGGCCGCCAUCAUCAAUGAUGAGCAGACGUCGUUUCUUGAAUACUUCCGCCUCAAGCAGCGUAACUAGUGAGGGUACUGCCACGCCCGAUUUGCAAGUGGCCGAUGGCUCAUAUCCCAAUCAUCUAGAUGAUGAAACAAGCUCAGCUUAUUCGUGUGACACGGAGGGCUAUUAUACUUCCUUUCACAUGGACAGCGGCUUGCGCACGCUGAAAGAAGAAGAUCCACCCAUGACACCGCUGCAACACAAUCAAAUGCUGCACACAAGCAACUACUCAUUUGGGAGUCAAUCCAACCAGACCGUGUUGACGGCUGAGAACGAAUAUGAACUCUUUGGCAAGGGUUCAACAUCCACCACGACCAGCUCAGCGGGCACUGUUUGCACCACCUUGCUGGUGGGUGGCGAGCAGAGUAGCCUAAAUAGUGUCGGUCCGGAUGUGCCCGAACGCAUCAGCUCAUUGGGUAAGUUGAACAAGAAUAACCACAGCAAUAGCGCCAGCACUAGCACGCUUGAGCGCAGUUACUCCAGCAGCACCAUAGGAAGCACCUUAGAACGCACUGGCACCAUAAAACGCAACGUUAAUGCUGGUCUAAAAUUAAACACCACUGCCGAUGGAGAAAACAUUGAUGGCAUCAAAGGUAACUUCGAAACGCCCGAGUCACAAGAAGAUGAAUUUGAUUUUGAAAAACGCAUACGUCGUCGCUCCGCACAGCCGUUACCGGCGAUGGUCGCUAUGUCUGAGGUGGAAUGCUCCGAAAGCUCCGAUUUGGAGGGCGUGGAACGUAUUGAACGCAUUAAACAGAAGACUGCUAUUAAUGUUAAACGCAUACCGUCCAUGUGUAUCAUAACGCCCACCACUAGCGAUGACGAGAACCAAAGUAAAGAUGGCGGCGACGCUGAUGACGCUUACGACCCAGACCGAACUUUAACGCCACAAAGCUCGCCAUGUUCGAAAGCACGGGCGAGAGCAGAAACCACCCUUAAAGUGGAAUUAAACGAAGUUGCUGGCUAUUGCACUGUUGAUGUCGACAAUGCAGCGCGCAAAGUGGUAGAAGCGCCACUCACCCCCACAAAGGGUGAUAAAGACCAUAACCUGAAUGUGCUGAAGCGAAAUUCGAAUUAUGCAUUUAAUAUGUUCGAAAAACUGAAAGUCGUAUUGCCGAGUAUUAAGCGUUCGCCCAGUAAAAGCUCACAGCCAGAGUGCGUGGUUGACGAUGACGAACUAUACGACACUGCCGGUGAAUAUGUGACCAUAGCAGACAUUAGCAACAACAAUCGGCACAAUCAACUGCCAACGGCGAAAGCCGUAGGUGCUAGCUCCCUUGGAAUCUACUAUUCCAAUGACAUAGUUCGUCGCAAGUUCUACGAUGCAUCUGCUUGCGCCGCCGACGCAACUACGAAAGCCAACGAGCCAGCUGCAGCGACUGCGGCGGCCAGAAGGCGCGACACCGAGUACGUUUCAUUGAAUGAACUACCCCAGCAUUUGCGUAAAGUUGGUAGCAGCGCUUACAGCAGCAGUGCAGCGUUGAGUGCAACAGUCAACAAUGAAAUUACUGCUAGCGAUAGCAAUGCAGCCACGCUGGGGACGAAUGCGACACAACAACAAACGCAGUGCGCAGAAUCCGCACAACAAAGUUCAUCGGUUGUUGAAUCUGCCGUGCCCAUGUAUGCCGAAAUUAGCGAAGUACGAGAGCAGUCUCUAGUCUCUCCGCUAACGCAACACAAGGGUGCUCGCGUGCGUCUAAAUUCGCAGGGUAAAAUUAUUUACGAAUCGGACAGCCUGAAGCGACGCAAAGGCGCGCACACAACAUUCGCACCUGGACCGUAUGUAAAAGAAACUGAAAGUGCGCUGCCGGAAAUUACAAGUGUCAACGCACAAACGCACACACCGCCAGCACAGCAGGCGCAGCUGCAGUCCCAAUCCCAGUCCCAGCUAGGCAGUGAAAGUGCAAACGCAGCGAAAGCGAAUUCUUCCGUGUCGGCAAAAACAACAGCGGCCAAAUUACUUUUGCUAAAUGGUGGUGUAGCGGCGACCAGAAAAAUCGCCAAUGUGCGUCCCAUUGUUGCAUCAUCACCACUAACGUUAGCCAGACAACAGCAGUCUCAGCAGGCGCAACAUUACACCGGGCAGGCAGCCAAUAACCGUUCGAAUAUGUCAUUGUCGUCUGGCUUGUAUGAAGAGCCUCGCUCCACAUUGGCGUACAGCAGCAAUUAUCAGGACAACAAGAAUCUGCUCGCGAACAAUACAAAUCCAUUUUUCCAAUCGAACAUCAUUACGGCCGCAGCACCGGCGACAGCACUGAUGAUGAUGCCCUCACCAUCCACCAAAUCUACUUCGUCCACGGGCUCCACCAUAUCGUCGAGCGCAUCAACCAACACCAGCAGUGGCACUUCGAGUGCCUCCUCUGCCAAGGAUGAAGGCUAUCAACGUUUAUAUAGAACGAGAGAUCAGCAACAACCACUGCCACAACCACCAGUUGAAUCGGAAGCACAGUCACAGGUGGAGGUUUCACCCUUUCAACGGAAUACGCCCAUCUACUGGACGUUACAGAAUCGUAGGCAACAAAAGCCACCGCCCAGUAGCGUAACCUGUCGCGACGAUCUGUAUGCCACGCCCAUAAAACGUUCAGAACGUUUGGCACGCGCAGCAGCGUCCGCAGGUCAAAGUGGAGUAAAUGUAGCCAGCAAUCUAUCACCGAUCGUGCCACGUAAUCGAAGUGGAUUCCAAACUUCUACGCCUUCGCGAGAAGAUGAAGCUGCACAGGCGAACUUAAAUAAUUCGCCCUGCCGACAGCCACUUAGUCGCAACGCCAAUUGGGCCGAUGAUAACUCACCGGAACGCUACAACACCUGCUCGGAUCGUAUUGGGCAUAGUAAGACAAGCCUGAUGGACUUCAAAAAACUACUGCUAGCCAAAUCGGCCAAAACAAGUCCGGUGCAACGAAAACUCUCCGCAGUUGAGUUGUUGAAAAAGACCAGUCCUGUGAAUGUUACGUCAACUGAGACGGCGCCGGGUAAUAAACCGCUAACUGUCAGCGGCACGCAAGCGCUGAACAGUAGCAUGAAGCUGCUCGACUUAAGCGGUUCGCCUAAAACCUUCGCCAAUCGUCGAAUGCUGCGUCAAGGCCAGUUCGGCUCGCCUUCUAAGAGCUUCGCACCCAAACUGAAGAGCGCCACUGGUAGUGGCAUAGCCAGCACCGUGCAACGCACAAAUAUUAUGUCGACCACUAUUCCGGAAGUCAAUAGCGAGGAAGAUCACUCCAGCACGGCAUCGAGUACGAACAGUUCGAAGGACGGUAAUGAAUUGCAAUCGUCGACGAUGGCGGAUGUGUCAGAAACUGGCAACAGCCGUUCGUAUGAUCUAAAACGCAAUUUCUUCUUGCAAACGGAGGAGAAUAAUUUCAUGCGUGGCGAAAUUAAGUCAGUGUUCGGCAGAAGCAACUCAACGACGACCGUGACAACGCCGCCAACACCGAUAGCAUCCGUGGUCAGUGGUACUGCAUUGCGUGGCAACAAAUUUUCAGGUGCGCAAAUGAUGGUUACCAAUAGUGGUGCCUCGCGCACUAGUACGCUUGCGGAUAGCACACGCCAUUACGCGUCACAAUCGACGACAGCUGGAGGAACUUUGACGGCGGCUGCAACAUCAGCGACCAUAACACCUAUGCCAGCAUUAGAGACGGCACUCUGAGCGCGUAGAUGACGCCCACUAUUGAGGUACUUCUAGGCGAAAUCAUUUCUUACUGCCAGCAUGGAAUGCGAAAUGCACGAGGCAUACAUGGAUAUGCGAAGACACAUUUAAAACGAACGAAAAGCAAUUUCGAAAUCAAUUAGCAAACUUUCAACGUUUAUUUAGCGGCGUUUGAGAGGGUUGUGGAUAGAACAAUGGACGGCGGAAGUAGAUUGUAGUACAUACCAGUGAUGGUACAUACAUAUUUUUUUGAAAAAUUCCCACUCAACAAAAAUAAAAUCCCCAGUUUUUCCUACGCAUUUAAAAAUGUUUAACCACAAAAUUCCCUACAAUUUUUAUCUAAUAAUUCCUUAUAACAUUAAUAGAAGACCGAAAAAAGUUUGACUAUAUAAAACACUGAAGGUUCAAUGUGUAGAAAAGUUAUUUUCAUAUCGAUGCACAGUGUAUCGUGUGGAACAAGCUUGGUGAACAAACUUCCUUCAAGAAUUUUUAUAAAAGGGUCUCUGCGUGGCUUCGGUCUGCCAGUAUUACCUAACGACACAACUUUAGAAAACACUUCAUCCGGGCUCACGUCUCUAAUUUUUGUAGAAUCUACGUCUAAUCCUUACUACUUACAUUAGUAAUCCUUACUUCUUACCUUAGUUAGGAUUACACAUGAAUUAGAGACAUGAGCCCUUAACAGGAUUGACAUACACAAAGAACCACACAUAUGUACACAUCGUUGAAUUACUUCAAUAGUGUUCUUUUAUUUUUUAUUUACUUUAAAGCCGGUUUUCUCGAGUUUCCUUUUUUCGAGUUAUGAUACUAUUGCAGUUAAUGAGCGAUAUGUAAUAAAAAAAAACAACUUAUGAAAUAUCAAAUAGGGUUUGCCAUUAUUUCCGCAUCCGUAAACGCAUACAAAAAAAUUUUAUCUGACAAAUUUCAGAAAAAACUGCCGAAAACAUAUCCGUUUCACAUACUGUUGUCUGUACAUAUGUUUCUGCCGCACACUUUAGUGGGAAAACGGAUCGUCAAAGUAUCCGGAAAUAAAAUCAGUAAACGGACAAAAAUCCGCAGUUCAUCGACUUUUUUGUCAUUUUUCGGAUCGGUUUUCGGAUUUUUUGCUGGCUGGUAUAGCCCGUAGUGUCAUGCUAUGUACUUCAGUCAUUUAAGUGUCUUACAGCUACUCUGCGCUCCUCUUAUAUAAAAUUCUUUCAUUACUUUUUUAUAGAAAUUUUUGUUUGAUCAGAGUAGCUCACUGCAAGACAUUAGGGGUGGCAUCAGUCGUUGCUUGAGCUAGUCUGCUCUUAGGCUAAAGUGCCAGUCCACUUGCUCAAUUCGGUGAAUAUAAUGCACUGGGUAUUGGUGUCAUGCAAUGUUUUUUUUUGUUUUAUAAGUGACCGCUGCAAUACAUUGUCUGUUCUAGACCUUAGAUAGAUUUUGAAGGAGUGAUGGAGUACACCUGCAUGACAUCUGUGGCAUUGUCGACUAUAUGUCGCUAACAAUUUUUAAGGUGCAACAUUAUCAGUAAAAAAAAAAAACUUCAUAAGUGACGGUGUCAGCGCAGACCAUUUUCACUCCUUUGUAGUUUUUACAUGCAUAUGUACAUACAUAUGUAUAUAUUAGAAAAAAUAUGAACAUACAUAAGUACAUCUGCAACUACCCUGCAGUACGGGGGAGCGACUACAGGACUGAUGAAUCGGUAGCUACCUGGUAAACUCGGUCAAUUACCGAUCGACUACUUUUACAAGGCAAUGUCCUAGGCGGUAGUCACCAUCGGCUCUCUCUGCAUUACCGGGAG